CAAUCAUGAAGUUAGCCCCACCCCCAGUCACCGUCGCACGUUUCCACAAAGAACGCAAUUGUUGUGGCCAUUCUAGGCAAUAUACGCCAAUGGUCCACGAUGGCCUCCUGCACACCAGUUGGCCAGAGUCAGCUGCAGAGGAUCAUCAGAGAUUUACACGAUGCCGUGCUACAGUUGAGUCAAGAACACAAUGAGUAUUCGGAACCUGUAACCGACAACAGCGCCAACCUGCGCAAGUUCUUCUGCAAGCUCGAGUACCUGCUGCAGUUUGACCUGAAGGAGAAGACAACCUUUCUCGGACAGAGAAAAGACUACUGGGAUUACUUCUGCGACUGCCUGAUUGAGAUCAAGGGUGCUAAUGAUGGCAUCCGUUUUGUAAAGUCCAUCCCCGAGUUAAAAACCUCUCUAGGUAAAGGAAGGGCCUUUAUCCGCUACUCGCUUGUUCACCAGCGUCUUGCGGACACGUUGCAGCAGUGUCUCAUUAAUCAGAAAGUCACAAGCAACUGGUAUUAUGCUCGCAGUCCAUUCCUGGACCCCCGCAUCACCUUGGACAUCAUAAACCACCUGUACGAGCUCAACCAGAUCCAAUUUGAUUUGGCAGCCCAAGGUUACGGUCUCGACGUUGACUGGCCGGCCUUUGCCAGACGGACAUUAGGGGCUGGCUCAUCAUUCCUGUGGAGGCCUCCCAGUCGUUGCUCCAGUGUCAACAGUCUGGUCAGUAGUUAUUCGCAGAUCCAGGAUAAGGAGUUCCCAAACCCAGACUUGAGUCACCUAACUGAUCUUGGAGGCCAGGGAGAAGCCUCACCCUGCGGCAUUGCAGACAAUCUCCCCUUUGACCUUGCUCAAUCUGAGAUAAGGCAGCACAAGCAUCUGGCACGGGUGGAUGAACUGAACAAAGAGACGGCACAGCUGAAAGAUGUCGUGAAGAACCUUCAGGGCCAGUUGCUAGAAGCUCAGAAGACCACGGGCCCUACUACAAAGAUGGAUGUCAGUAAUCACUAUCAGACAUGUUGGGAAGGUAAAAACAAUGAGCUUCAGAAUAGACUGACAGCCACUGAGAACAAAAACAUGGAGCUUCGGUCAAAGCUGGAUGAGGCUCUUAAAGAAAAGAAAAGCUAUUGCGACUCUGCCUGGAAAAUCCAGGAACUUGUGGAAAAACUGAAGACGGUGGAGGAAGAGAAGUUGGAGGUCAAGAGGGAGGCAGACGACAGAGCCAGGCUUUUGGAGCGUAUGUCUCAGGAGUUGAAAAUAAAGGAAGAAGAGUUUAGGACCAGCACAGAGAAGCUGGCCAAUGUCAAAUCCAGGGCCCAGGACGAGCGCGAGGACACCCUCCAGCGUCUGGAGGAGCUCCAGGGUGCCGUCAGUCGCAUUCAGGGAGCCUUGUCGCUGAAGGAGAAAGAGAGCGGAAACUUGAGAGCACAACUUCAGCACCUGCAGGGCUCGCUAGAGUGCAGAGAACGACAAGCGGAGGACCUGCGGAGGAGGCUGCAGGAGGAGCGUGACGAAAUUGAGCGGCGAUGCAGCGUCCGAGAUAGCCAGAAUGAAACUCUGGAGGUUCAAGUACUGGAUCUGCAAAAAAUCCUUACAAGCAGAGAGCGGGAGCUUACUGUCAGCUCAGAGAAGAUCAAGCACUUGGAAGAACAAUUGGAGAAGAUGAAUGUCGAGACAGGAACUCCGAUUUCAAAAACUGCUGAAGAUGACACAUUCGAACAAACUGGGAACCUCGAGAACUACAAAGCCCAGCACUGUGAGCUGAAUUUCACGAUACUGCAAGCCCUUAAAAAGAGCGAAGAGAGCGUUGUUGAGCUAACUCGCAGCAGGGAAGCCUUGUUAAACCAGCUCGCUGCUUUGAGGGCUUCUGAGAAGCAUCUUAAGGUAAGGUUGGAGGCUGCAGAGCUGUGCGUGAAAGAGCGUGAGAAGAAGCUUCUAGAUAAAAACUGCCAUUUGGAAGAGCUUGUAGAGAAGGCUUUUCUCGAGAAGGAGCGAUCUGACACUCAACUGAAGAACAUACAGCAGGAAAAUGGAGAGCUCCGAGAGUUUCAGUCCUCGUUGAAGAUUCAACUGGCCGAGGCUCAAGAGGAGCUAGACUUGCUUAGCGUCAAAGUGUCCAAUUUGGACGAAAACCUUACAGAGUCCCAAAAAAAACGCGCGGAGCUUCUGGUAAAAAUCCAGGAACAGGAGGCACAGCUCCAAGAGCAGAAGGCUCAAUGUGGUCUUCUGCAGGCUCGAACUGAGGAGCUUGAAAGCAGGGCCUCAGAGGUGCACGAUGAAAAGGGGGCGUCCGAAAGCAAUGAGAAAAUGCCAAAGGUUCCAGAGGAAGAUCUGACAUCUGAGAACAAAGAAGGUCCUUUCAGGCUGGUGAUUGCUGAAGCUCAGCUGGAGCUCAAUCUGAGGGAGGUGCACCGGCUCAGGGAGGAAGUGGUGGAGCUCCGGGCUCAGCUGCUGUCCGGCACGGAGGAGAGAAUGAAAGCUCAGGCCCUUCAAGAAGUGACAGAGGCCUCCAGGGAGGAUCUCAGAGUCUUGACAGAACAACUCAAGGCUCAAGUGGAGGAGCUUAACAGGCGGCACGUAGAUGAAAUCCUGCGUUCUCGUGAGCGGGAGGAUGUGCUGAUCCGCGAGCGAGAUGGUGAGGCCCAGGCUCGGACCGGCCUCGCUGCAGAGGUAACGGCUUCUGGAGAGGAGCUGCACAAGCUCAAGCAGCGCUAUGACGCCAUGUGCCUGGAGAACAGUGACUCCAGGGAGGCAUUGCACCGGGCCAACACUGAAACCGCCGAGCUGGGAGUUCGCGUGUGCAUGCUCACGGCCGAAAAGGAAGAGGCCGACCUGCGCUGGGAGAGCCUCUCCAAGAGGUUGCGUGAGCUGGAAGAUGAAGCCUCAAAGGAGGACACAAGGUUGAACGCUCGCACUGAGCAGUACCGCCUGGAAAACCAGCAGCUCCUCAGCAAGCUCCACCAAGAGAAGGGCCUGACGCAGAAGCUGCAGGAAGAACUUUACAAGGCCCAGAAGGAGAUAGAGACGCUGCAGGAGAGAAGUCGUGAGGGGCUGGAGGCUUUCCGUGUGGAGUUGAGCAACCAGGCCUUCAGCCACAGUGGCCAACUGCAGAGUAUGAAUGAAGAGUCGAUGGAUGUGAGGUUACAGCUGAUGUCCGAGCGGGAGAAAGCAGUCGAGUUGGAGAACAAACUAAAGCGAUUAGAGGCUGAGGCGCAGAGUUCCCGCCAGCACCUAGUGGGGAAAGACAUCCAGGUGGCCCAGUCGGAAAAUCUCAUCCAGCAGCAAAAAGAGUUAAUCCUUCUGAAAACUAAUUUAUCAAGAAGUGAGGAGGAGCUGGAGAGGGCUCGGCGGGACUGUCUGGAGCUCCGGGACACUUUGAAAAGGCUCACGUUGGACAAAGAGAACUUUGACCUGAGGACGGCCAUCGGAGUUGACGACCUGUACCGCACAAUGGUGGAGGAGAGGAUUGUGAAGCUCAUCAGGGAGAAGGACGAACUGUGGCAGAAAAUGGACGCCCUGGAGUUUGAGAAAAAGCUGCGCAACGAGGAGACGGAGCGGGACGUCAACUACUGCCUGAGCUGUCGCACUCCCUUCGGAUGGUGGCUCCGCAAAUACUACUGCAGAUUAUGUGGCCGCCCCUUCUGCCACUAUUGCCUAGCCAGUGCAGGGGGACGCCAGCAGAGCGGAGUCACAGAACGCUGCUGCAGGGACUGCUGCAAGCAACACGGCAUAGAGGCUGAGCGCCCCCUACAGGAGGACAUCAUCACUGGCACGCCGGCCUCAGCCUUGAGCCGACUGUUGCAGCCCCUGAGAGUUGUGACCAGCCUCUCUGAAGGAGCGGAUGACAAUCUAGAGGAUGGUGUGUUUGACAUCAUCACAGAAGAGGAAGUAAGUGGAGUCUAUGAUUGUGGCGCUUUUGCUCCAGCCUGCACUGCCGGGAAUGGACAGCUGGAGGCAGCACAACUAAGCAGCAGCACAAGGACGGUGGCAUCAGAAGACAACCACAGAGGUGGUGCUGUGCAAGAUGCUGAGAUCUGCCUGCUCAAGUCUGGAGAACUCACGUUGGCGUCUGUCUUCACGGUGGAUCACAUCUCAACAUUCGGCGAAUCUCCCCGGGAGCUUUCCAUCCAGUCUAGCUGCUACAGCACCAUCCCCAUCAGCACGGGCCGCCCUGGCGCCACCGUCAGCUGGACGUUCACCUCGGAACCCAAGGGCAUCUCCUUCAGCGUGGUAUUCCGGGACAGCGCGGAGACGCCACUGGAGCAGGCCAAGGUUUUGAUCCCACUGACUCGCUGUAAUUCUCACAAGGAGACAAUAAAAGGGGAAAUGAAAGUCAGAAACGCUGGAGAGUACACGCUCAUCUUUGAUAACUCCUUUUCCAGGUUCAUCUCCAAGAGAGUGAUGUAUCAUUUGGCGGUAGACCAGCCGGCGGCGUCGUGUGAUGGUGGCAACCUUCCGUGAGAGGAAGCUUGUCAGUCUUGUGUUGAUACAGCAGUUAGUGCUGUCAACAUGUUAAGGUACUCAAGCACAGUCAACAUGUUAAGGUACUCAAGCACAGUCAACAUGUUAAGGUACUCAAGCACAGUCAACAUGUUAAGGUACUCAAGCACAGUCAACUUGAUGUUGGGCAACCUCAGCUGAGGGCACUUUAGGAACAAACAAACAUGAAAUCAAUCAUCUACGAAAAUGAGCCUUAUAAAAACUACCAAUUUUGCUACACAACUACACAACAAAUCAAUGUUGUUCCAUGAUUUUUAAUUGUUUUAAUUUAACAUAUUUUGUAUUGAAAAAUGUUUCAUUUCAGCACAUUUACACCUAAUCACAAAAGAAAUAAGUACAAAUAAUGAGAUGUUUGGUUAUUCAUCAGGAACAAAAAAAUAGCCAUGUCAUUACUAUAAAUCUCAUUAAGUCUAUUAUCAUUAAGGCAGUGGUUCUCAAACUUUUUUUGUCAUCCCCCACUUUGGACAAGGGGGAGUUUUCAAGCCCCACCUGCCCCCAUCGCCCCAACAGAACGCUAAUGCCAAGCUUAACAUUUUCAAAUUUAUUGAACAUCAAGUAACAUUCAAGUCAGGGUUUCCCACACAUUCAUUUAUUUGUGGCGGCUCGCCACGAAAAAAUUACGGCCGCCACAAAUAAAAAAAAAAAAAAAAAUCAGCUUUUGACUCGCUUGACCGCUCAUAAAAGCAGUGGGACUCUGCUUGUAGUUACAUAUUAUGUAAAUAUGAUAUAAAUAUGUACAUAAAGUGUUGUAAUUAUAUUCCAACUCCGCGUUCUUCUUGGUCAUUGCCGCUGCAAGAAUAUAAUAAUAAUUAUUUUUUUAAAAGGGAAAUUCCCUCCCGUUCCUGGCGCCCCACCUGUCAUGUCUCUAUUCCCCACAGGAGGGGCCCGCCCCACACUUUGAGAAACGCUGCAUUAAGGUGUGAUGUCACUAUCUGCAGGGGGAAAAUAGUGCUGUAGCUAUGAUUCCAACAUUCACUCAAUAUUUUCCAGCAGGAAGAUGUUUUUAGAAGACGUAGUGUUGCGGAACUGUUAAAUACUGAAGACUGUUUGCCUGUAAGUGUUUCUUGAUCCAUACAACUUAAUUUAAAUGUAUUUUAACAAAGAUCAAGUAAAGAUGGGCACGUUUAGUUGGCCUGGGCCAAUAAUAAAAGAAUUCAUCGUACAAGGGACGGCGUGGCGCAGUGGAGAAAUGGCCGUGCGCAACCCGAGGGUCACUGGUUCAAAUCCCACCUAGUACCAACCUCGUCACGUCCGUUGUGUCCUGAGCAAGACACUUCACCCUUGCUCCUGAUGGGUGCUGGUUGGCGCCUUGCAUGGCAGCUCCCUCCAUCAGUGUGUGAAUGUGUGUGUGAAUGGGUAAAUGUGGAAGUAGUGUCAAAGCGCUUUGAGUACCUUGAAGGUAGAAAAGCGCUAUACAAGUACAACCCAUUUAUUUAUUUAUUUUAUUUAUUUACAAAAAAUGAAAAUGAACUUGAUCACUUUGCCAGCAUUGAUAAAUUGCCUGGUCGGAUUGUUUGUGUGUAUUUGUUUUCUUCGUCUGGCAAGAUGUCACUUCAAGAUAUUUUUGAAGUGCAAUUUUUGUGAGCAUAGAUUGAUCAACUUAUUUGGGAUGAUAAAAUGUAUUAACCUUCCAAUUACAACGCAAGAGAUAUUAUUGAGAAAUAAAAGUUCAUAGCGUAAUAAUGUAGCUACUUACAUUAUUAUUAUAAACUAUUGGUUAUAUUUGUGGGCUUCACGGUGGCAGAGGGGUUAGUGCGUCUGCCUCACAAUACGAAGGUCCUGCAGUCCUGGGUUCAAAUCCAGGCUCGGGAUCUUUCUGUGUGGAGUUUGCAUGUUCUCCCCGUGAAUGCGUGGGUUCCCUCCGGGUACUCCGGCUUCCUCCCACUUCCAAAGACAUGCACCUGGGGAUAGGUUGAUUGGCAACACUAAAUGGUCCCUAGUGUGUGAAUGUUGUCUGUCUAUCUGUGUUGGCCCUGCGAUGAGGUGGCGACUUGUCCAGGGUGUACCCUGCCUUCCGCCCGAUUGUAGCUGAGAUAGGCGCCAGCGCCCCCCGCGACCCCGAAAGGGAAUACGCGGUAGAAAAUGGAUGGAUGGAUGGGUUAUAUUUGUGCUUAAUUUGAUCUCACAUCAUGCUGACUGAUGUUGUUUAUCAGCAAUCAUUUGCGGGACAAUGUAUCGUCCGGUAAUGUUUGUUAUCAGCCCAGGCUUAGUUUUUAGAUUGACUUGAAAAACAAAGAUGGACUGUAAUAUUAGGUCAAGAUUUUACUGGUGUUACAACGGGGAUAGUGCUUAGUGCACUAGAAGUCGCGAUACCUCUCAUUUGGUUGUGUUCUAUCGAUAAUAUUCAUUUGUUCACAUACUGUAUAUUUCUGUAUUAUCAUAUUAAUUGUUCAAUUAAUCUGAUAAUGUAACAAUUCAGCGACUUAAUUUUCUGUCAAAUCAACGCUCUUCAUCACAUUGAUGCAUCAAAAAAAAAGCCUUUACUGUUGGAGAAAUUCUUACUAAUUGUAUCCAAUAUGUCUUGUUUUAUAUAUACAGUGAACAUAUAUUUCUCAAUGGUUGCCUUUUAUACUGUGAAAAACUGGCAGGAAAUGGGUUUGUUAUGUUUGAAUUAUGUUGAAGAAAAGUUUAAGUUGAAGAAGCAGUUGUUCUGCCAAGCUGCUGUAAUUCAAUGCAUGUGCUUAACUCUCUCUUUGUAAACCCUCUAUUGACCCCAAUAUAAGACCGACCUCGCUAGGAGUCCUUUAGUUCAGUUAUUCUCAAACAGUGGGGCGAUGUGCGUGACCCUGGAGAACCCUUUAUCAGUAUCAUGCAGUGUCAUCUUUUAAAGAGCUGUGCACUACAAAACGUGCUCAUUAAUCCUGACUACAGCACUAAUUGUUUUAAUUAUUUUUGUUUUGCAAGUUAAAUUGCAGAAGCAGUGCUCUAGUUGAAGACUGUUUUGGACAAAAAUCAAAGACAAUUUCUUUGAAGUCAGGUUUUAAAUAUCAGUAAGUAAGAUCGAAAUACAAAUGUCUUAGACACCAUUUUAUUGAUCACUCGUCUCUUAAAAUUAAAAUUAUGACUACCGUAUUUCCUUGAAUUGCCGCCGAAGCGCUAAUUAUUUUAAAACCUCUUCUCACUCCGGCGCUUACCAAAGGCAUGCGGUAAAUUUAGGCCUCCACUUAUAAAUUUGAGUGUGAUUUUAGGAUACCAUCAUGAAAAGCACAUUUAAUAAAACAAACACUAUUAUGGUCUUACCUUUACUUAUAAAUGAAGUCCAUGUGCAGCUCCUUCUGAUCAAAAGCAUCGGUAACUUGUUUAUGGAAGUCUUCCUUAUCUUUCUUCAGUUUUAAAAGUCUCUCUGUCUCGAUGGAGAUCUUCCUUUUUUACAUCCUGCUUUGAUUGAAAGUCCAGUUUAGAAAACUGUUUUAUUUUAGAUAUGUAAUCCUCCAUGUUAAAAGUGCGAGCGAGAGGAAAAAAUAAUCACUCACUCUUGCUGCUUGUUGUCACUUCUUCUGCAGCCGAGUAGUCGCAAGAAGGAUCACUAGCGCCCUCUACCACCAGGAGGCGGGAGUCAUUUAAUGACUCAUAUUUGACACACGCAGCUACGGUAUAUCAAUAAAACAUAGCUGCUUACUGUUCUUUUUUACCAUAUUCAAUAGCUUGGACCUUAAAUCCCACUGAAUAGCUCUUAAUCUUUUUCCCUUUAUGCGAUUUCAAAUUAUUGAAACCAGCCUACUCCAUUUUGAAAAUGAUGACAGGUGAAGUGUCACUCGUGACGUGACGAGUUUGACCCGGCGGAAAUUCCAGACAUAUGCUAAUUUUUUGGCAAAACGAGUUUGACCUGGUGGAAAUUCUAGACAUGCGCUAAUAAAAAUUAUAUUUUGCGAAAGGAGUUUGACCCGGCAGUAAUUCGAGGCAGGCGCAUAAUAAAUACCCGGCGGCAAUUCAAGGAAAUACGGUAUUUUGUUAACUUACUAACAACCUUUGAAGCACUUUUUUAAGCCGGUGUUUGCAUCUCUGUGACAGGAAGAAAAGCUGUUACUCGCUUGAGCAAAAGUUGUUUCGUGUCACCUGUUAGUUUGAAGUGUACAAAUUCCGGAACCCCUAAAUGACAACUAGUCUUUUUCAGACUUUUUUGUAGGGGAAAAAAUAGGCCUUAUAUUCUGGUCAAAUUGGGUAAUGACUACUUGGUCGUAUGUUAAUCAUUUCUAUGAUGGCUAGCGUUAAAUAAUGCGUUAUGAAGUCAAAGAAGGGUUCAUCAAAAUGUGCUUUAAUUGUAUGUGCUAAACUGUUUUGAAGAACAAGUCUUUAUGAGAAUAUACAGGAAUGUGAGGUGCAUGAAUUGUGAAAACAUUGGGGACCAUCUACAACAAGGAAUCCAAAUAUGCAAAACAAAUCCUCUUGUUAACAAGCCACAUGUUGACAGUGACCAAUAUAUUACCAUGACAAGUGGUGGAUUGUUUUGGAUUGCAAGCAUGGCAGCAUUUAAUUUGAUGGAAUAUUGUCCAUUAGACAUUCUCGCUUGGUCUUUGUCCAAAGACUUCAUUGAGCAGGGUGCAGGUGUAUCAACCCGAGGUUGGCAAGAUAGCAGCUGAUAGGUCAGUUUCAAGGAAAAAGAUGAUCACACCAGGGGUCAAACCCAAAGGUCACAGGUGGAGGCUCUUCUUAAGCAUUGUCAUUGACGGUGGCGACACACCAAGAAUAGUACAGAUCAGCACUGUUAUGGGUACUGGAAACACAGUAGUGUAGUCACACGUCUACUCUGGAAACAAAUAUAGUGUGGGGAAUAUGGCUAGCGACAGUGCCUAGGAAAAGCCAGGGACUGAAAACCUUCUUCCACCGUUAAAGUCUCCUGUUUUGGAACACUUGGCCUCCGAGGGGAAGUUGUACAGAGCCAAGUGGCCGAGAAAAGAGCAGGAUGCCUCCGUUGUUGAGUAGAGCGACAAACUGAAACUGUUCAUACUGCACCUAAACUUAUGAGGAAUCAUUCACACUCUUAAAACUGUUGCUCUGCAUCGUUGUACUUAAUGUAUGAUUUAAUUUUCAUUUCAUUGAACUGAAUUUUGCAGUUUUGUAUGUUUGACUUUAAACAAACAAACAAACCUUUACACAAAACAUCAUCAGUUUUAUGUUCUCUUACUGUCAAGAGAACCCAACUUUGACCUUAGAAACCCACGUCCGGACUGAACCGGGAUUAUGACGUACCGUUACACCCAUUGUAAAAAUAAUUACACAUUAAUUGAGCAAUCCUUUGCUUUAGCCUUAAAUGAUGACGGACCUUUCAAAUACUUUCACUUUGCUUGUACAACAAGUAGCUAUGUCUGCCAUCCAAAACACUUUGGAACCGUUCACAGGUCUGAAUGAUUAUUUGGUAGGCAGAUUGUAGCGAGUAU